AAUAAUAAUACAUUGUAAUAAUAAUAAUAAUAAUAAUAAAAUAAAUAAAUUUAAGUUGUAUAUUGAAUGUAAAUGAUUGAAAAGCAGAGUGAUUCAAAAAGGAAUAAUUUACUGUCAUUGCAGAGGUUCCAGUGCGGGUUAUGUUGUGAUAUGUAUUUCACUGCAAGAAGACAGUGUAUGAGCCAUUUGACAGAACAGCAUAGCGGCAUUUCAUUCAAAUGUAAUAUUUGUAAAACGAUAUUCCGGAGAAAUGAUAAUCCACACAACUGUAGGGCAAGAAAGGAUGAUUUUUUUAUUUAAUCAAAUGAAUGGAGAUGUUGGAAAAAAGCUGAAAAAGAACUGGAUGAAUUCAUUAAAAAAGCUGAAGUUAAAUUUUGUAUUGAUAUGUAUCAUCAGACAUGUACGAGAGUUCAAACAAGACCCGCAAAGCCGCCAACUAUAUUACAAAAGGAAAUUAAUUUAAGUGAAAGUGAAAGCGAAAGUGAAAGUGAGGAAGAGACAGACAGUGAGGAAUACUUCAUAAACUUUCAGGAGGAGAAUUUUUUAAAGGAGGUAGAAUUAUAUAAGAUUGAUGAGAUUGAGAAAAUAGAAAAGGAUAAGGAGGAAAAGAGUAGAAAUGAAAGAAAAGAAGAAGAGAUUAAACGUAAGGAGGAAACAAAGAGAAAAGAAGAAGAGAUUAAACGUAAGGAGGAAACAAAGAGAAAAGAAGAAGAGAUUAAACGUAAGGAGGAAACAAAAAGACAGGAAGAAGAGAUUAAACGUAAGGAGGAAACAAAAAGACAGGAAGAAGAGAUUAAACGUAAGGAGGAAACAAAAAGAAAGGAAGAAGAGAUUAAACGUAAGGAGGAAACAAAAAGAAAGGAAGAAGAGAUUAAACAUAUGGAGGAAACAAAAAGACAGGAAGAAGAGAUUAAACGUAAGGAGGAAACAAAAAGACAGGAAGAAUAGAUUAAGGUUAAAGAUGUGACAAACAGAAAGGAAGAAGUAAUUAAACGGAAAGAGGAGGAGAAAAGAAAAGAAGAAGUAAGAAAAUAUAAGGAAAAGGAGAAUAAACAAAGGGAUGAAAAGAGAAAAGAUAUAGACAACAAGAAGGGUAAACAAGAGAAGGAGAGUAAAGAAAAAGAGGAAAUUUAAAACGGAGAGAUGAAAGAACGAAUUGAAAAAUUAGAGGAUGAAGAAAUAGAAAAAGUGAAAAGUUUAAUAAGUAGGAAAACAGAAAGAGAAAAAUGA